AUGUCCUCCGUAAAGAUGCUCCCUCACCACACUCCCUACGUGACUCCCCACAUCCUCCACAAGAACUAUGCUCAGGCUUUUGACUAUGAGCAACACUCAAACCUCAUCGGCAAGGACCUCGAGUACUUCUCGCAGGCUGGCUUCGACAUGGAGCGCAUCCAGAUAAAGCGCAACGCUCCUCCAGCUGUCCUCUACGAGGAGGCUAUCCGCAACGAGGGCGCCAUCAUCUCCUCCUCCGGUGCACUCAUCAACUUCUCUGGCAAGAAGACCGGUCGUUCUCCCAAGGACAAGCGCAUCGUCUACGAGGAGACCUCAAAGGACGACAUCUGGUGGGGCUCAGUCAACAUCAAGCUCGAUGAACACACCUUCGAGAUCAAUCGUGAACGUGCCAUCGAUUAUCUCAAUACCAGAGAAAACGUUUACGUCUUCGACGGCUAUGCUGGCUGGGAUCCCAAGUACAGGAUCAAGGUUCGAGUAAUCUGUGCCCGUGCUUACCAUGCCCUCUUCAUGCACAACAUGCUUAUUCGCCCAACUGAAGAGCAACUCGCCAACUUUGGUGACCCCGACUUCAUCAUCUACAACGCCGGCCAGUUCCCCGCCAACAGAUUCACAAAGGGCAUGAGCUCCGCCACUUCAGUCGAGAUCAACUUCAAACGUAUGGAGAUGGUCAUCCUUGGUACCGAGUACGCCGGAGAAAUGAAGAAGGGUGUCUUCUCCGUCAUGCACUACCUGCAACCCGUCAAGUUUGGCCAGCUUUCUUUGCACUCUUCGGCCAACGUCGGAAAGGAGAAGGGCGAUGUCACUCUCUUCUUCGGUCUCUCUGGUACUGGCAAGACUACCCUCUCCGCUGACCCCUCCCGUCUCCUCAUCGGUGACGACGAGCACUGCAUCAACCUCUCUGCUGAGAAGGAGCCCGACAUUUACAACGCCAUCCGCUUCGGUUCCAUCCUCGAGAACGUCGUCUACAACCCCGCCACUCGCGAACCCGACUACUAUGACGUCAGCAUCACCGAGAACACUCGAUGCGCCUACCCCAUCGAGUACAUCCCCAACGCUCAAAUCCCUUGCAUCGUCGACCGUCCACCCAGCAACGUCAUCAUGUUGACCUGCGACGCCCUCGGAGGCCUUCCUCCCAUCAUCAAGCUCACCCCUGAGCAAGCCUCCUACCACUUCUUGGCAGGUUACACCUCGAAAACCCCCGGAACUGAGGAUGGUGUCCUUGAGCCAAUCCCCACCUUCUCCACCUGCUACUCAGCACCCUUCAUCGUCCUUCACCCCGGUCGCUACGCCGAGAUGCUUGCCGAGCGCAUGGCCAAGCACAACGUCUCCUGCUGGCUCAUCAACACUGGCUGGACCGGCGGCAAGUUCGGUGUUGGCAAGCGAUGCCCUCUCAAGUACACUCGCCGCAUCGUCGACGCUGUGCACUCUGGAGAGCUCCUCAACGCCGAGUACGAGACCUUCCCUGUCUUUGGCCUCUCCAUCCCCACCCACAUCGAGGGUAUUCCCCGCGAGCUCCUCAACCCCGCCCUUGCCUGGACCAACAAGGAGGCCUUCAACAAGGAGGUCAGGAAGCUCGGUACCAUGUUCAGCAAAGCCCUUGCUCUCUACGAGAAGGACGUUGAUGAGAAGGUUCGCGCUGCCGGUCCUCAGCUGUAAGCAGCCAUCUCGAAGUCGUCUUGUUGGCUAGUAGUCCCACAUCGUUGGCUUGAACUCAUGGUAGACAUAUAAUCACUCUCAUCUUUAGCAUAGACCUCUUGUUUGUACCUUUACCCUCGCUCGCUGCUUCAUCUUUACUCUCGUGUCUCGGCCAUUCCUCUCUGUUGCUCUCCUAGCUUUUCCACUCCCUCGCCUGGUUUAUAAUUCCGGUCUCGGCACUCUCAUACGUA